AUGAUUGCGAUAGCGAUGGAUUUGGUUACCAAGGUGCGCGACGCCGAGCACUGGACUCAGGUGCUGGAAAGCAGUGAUAAGAAAUUAGUCGUUGUUGACGUGCACAAAGAUUGGUGCGGGUCAUGCAAGAUUAUGGAGCCAACUUAUAAGCGCAUAGCUACGGAAAUCGAUCACGCAGAGCGGCGACUUGUUUUUGCAACGCUGAAUGUCGGUCUUAACGUGGAUGAAAUCGAGGAUACUGGAGGUUGCAAACCUCGAUUCCUUUUUUUCAGAGAUCGCAAGCAAGUCGCGGAUGUAGAAGGAGCAAACGCGCCCCUUUUGGAACAACAGAUAAAGGAACAUCUGUCGUCGGCCGAAAACGAUGACGAUGAGAUCUAG